AUGGCCGCCCUCCCGCGCAUGUUCCCAACUUCCGGAAGACUGGGACUUCUGUCCCUACUCUCGAACCCAACCUCUCGAUGGAUGCAUUUUUUUUUGCGAUGCAAGCUUGCUGGCCAACUUCAAGUCAAGGCAACCGCCACCGACUUGAACCUCGUUGCGAGGAUCCUGACCAACCGUGUUAACCAUCUCUUUGAGAGGAAACAAAAACUAGUCUCUGAGGAUGCUGUAUUACACACAAGGGAGGCGUAUUCCCAGCUGUGGGGUCUGGAGGCUGGAGAGCUGAACUGGGCACUACCGAAGUCGCUGCAGCACUGUAAGACUUGGGAGAUGGAAAAACAAGGCAAGGAUGUGCGACUGGGAAUGUGGAAGGAUUUGAUGCACGUUCUGUCUACGGAAACCAAGCAUGAUGAGAUUGGCUCGUCUUUAUCGGAGUUUGUCAAUGAUCACCCCGCUUGGAAAGGUUGUCUGGUCGGCGGUUCGGGAUGGUGCAGGAAACAGAGGAUUCGCUCAAACUCUUCCACGCUGAAGGCGAUGUCUCAAUUCUUCGAGGGGGUUCGCUAUAGGGUCGACUCAGCUGGCCUGCUGCGAUCCGAGUUCACGAUGGGCGUGGAAAUGCUUAGUUGCUUUAAUACGGUGUGA